GCCAGAGCCAGGCCCAGGCCCGGGCCGAGGGGUAGCCGCCGCCGCCGCCAUGGAGCUGGGGCAGGUGCCGCUGCGCUUCUCCCGCCUGCCCAUGUUCCCCUUCUUCGACGCGGCGCAUUACCUGGCCUCCGUCAUGGCGCUGAAGGAGCAGCGGGAAGGGAUGAGUGGUUGAAGUUCCUUAGAAAUUCAAAACAUCCCAUUUUUGAGGGAUUGAACAAAGAUGGGCCCAGAAACUCUCCAGAGUCAACACGACAGUCAGGAGCAGUGGAGGUGUCACGCCAGAGCCCGAUUGCAUGUUGGUUUAGUGCUAUGCUUUACUGCUUUGGUGGGUCUGUUCUGUCUUCCUUGAUGCUUGCAGAGCCUCCUGUAGGGUUCCUUGCAAACAGCACUAAUAUCUUCCUGGCAUCUUCAGUCUGGUAUCUUGUAUUUUUUUGUCCACAUGACAUAGUCUACCGAUGCUUUUCCUUUCUGCCUCUUCGACUGAUGAUUGCAGGAAUGAAAGAAGUGACUAGGACUUGGAAAAUAACAGCUGGAGUUGCACAUGCAAACAGCCACUACAAAAAUGCCUGGCUUAUCAUGGUAGCUGUUGGCUGGGCCAGAGGAGCUGGUGGUGGCUUAAUCUCUAACUUUGAGCAGUUGGUGAGAGGUGUUUGGAAACCUGAAAGCAAUGAACUUCUGAAGAUGUCCUACCCUGUAAAAGUGGCUCUGGUAGGUGCAGUACUCUUCACAUUGCAACAUGCCCAGAACCUACCGAUAGCAAGACACAACCUUAUGUUCUUUUAUACCACCUUUCUAGUGGUCACAAAGGUAACCAUGAUGUUGACACAAUCUGCAGUUUCUCCAUUUGCUCCUUUCGAGUCUGUACUGGGCCGUAUGCUCUUUGGUUGGCAACAAACUCCAUCUAAAGUAAAGGGUGAGGCCAGAGUAUCUUCCAACGGAACCUCUUCAGUCUGUGACCGUUCUGCUGGCGAGGCCAGUGAAAGCAUUAAGAAAAGACAGGCAAAGAAAACAGAAUAAGUGGCCAAAAAAAUGAUCUUGUUACAUGUGGCCGUAACACUUUAAAACAUUUCUAUUUCAAAUGAUGGGAAAAAGAAAAUGGUAUGUAAGGAAAUACAUGUGACAGACUGGCAGCAGUGAUGAGUUUUGUGUACUACUGUAAUGUAGUUAGCCUUUAAAGUAUAUUUUGUAAAUUGUAAUUCAAAUGCUGGGAAUGUGUAUCAUGGUAGACGUUUCUAAUUUAAAUGGUACUAAAAAAGAGAUUUUAUAGUGAUGAUAAAACAAACAAACCUGAAGUUAGUAACAAAAUGAGACAAUCAGAUUUGACUAUUUUUCCUUUUUCUUUAUCAUUUAUUUUUGCUUAUAUUUUCUGUUUUGAUUCUUGUUUUUCAGCUGAAUAAAGUGGAUAGUUAUACACAGUAGCAUAUGCCAAGGUAUGAAAGGCUCUUGUAGUCUUGUUCAAUUGAGCAAUGGAGUUAGAGUAAAAUUUUUACCAAACGUUCACAUUAUGUGAAUAAAAAAUUAACACUGUAAAUAGUUUGCACGGCAAAACUGUGGAAAUGUGCCAAAAACAAGGCCUUUGUUCUCUAGAAAAAUAUCUGAAUUACUACUAUAAUUCAUGUUGCACUGAUCUUGAUUCUGCUUAGUCACAAACUAGAGAAUAUUUUUCAUUUUCUACUUUCCAGAAUAAGAGUAAAUUCUCUUGCACUUUAAAAAAAAAAAAAAAAUUAUAGUUAGUACUGAAAAUUUUCUAUUUGCGAACAUUUAUCCAGCUAACCCACUUUGAUACUGUCAGCUGAAAACUUUUGAUUUAUGUGUUUGCUGUUCUGUAGACAGUAAAUCAGACAGUAACGUAAUAUUACUGUUAUUAAAUUGCUAAUGUUCAUUUGUAUUGAAGCAUAUGACUUUUAGUAUUUCUUCCAUUUUCAUUUCGCUGUGACUGGAUGUGUUCUAGCAUGGCAUCUUAUCCCAAAUAUCUAACAUCUUCUCCUGCUUUCUAAAGUAGACCGUCAUUGUGAAAGGAACUCGGAGAAUUACAUGUUGCAAGUAAUAAACAUUUUGGGUUGGGAAAAUGGGUAUCACCUUAACCUUCUCCCUGAUUGUAGGAUAAAUGCAUGUAUUUUACUUCCUCCCCCACACUCGCCUUUUCUGCACUAGUGUUUUUAUUAAAAUCUCCCAUCAUUUUGCUACUACCGGUUAAGCUGCACCAAUGGUAGCAAUGGCAAUAGCACUGGUGCAAAAACUGUGUUCAUACCUCUGUCAUUUAACCCUGUUUAGAUUAGGGUCAUAUGAUGCGGUAAUAAAGAUACUUGUGCCCUGUCUAUUCCACCACUUAUGCAGGUACUAGCAUUGGUGGAGCAGUUACUUGCUGGUGGUAAUGAGUAAGAGUACUUCUAGUGUAAGAUGCACCAUAAUUGUCCAUCAGCUUUUGCUGAAAUGCCUCUUCCUGUUCCUUGCGUAUGUUGCACACCAGUUUGGGAACUCCUUUCUAGCAGCUAUUAUCUUAGUGAAAGUCUCUCAAUUUUAGAAGAUGUAAUUUUAGAAGAGGAAGUUUCAGAGAUGUUGCAUUUUGUGAGUGGUAUCUUUCAUUUGGCCUGUCAUUCAUUUUGUCGUCAAAACUAUUUUCUUCUGUGUUUCUUCUGUCAACAAGCCUAACUUUGAAGCAUUUCUGUAGCUAAAUUAAACCAGUUACCUCCAUGUGAAAAUGGCAAGGGGGAGAGAAAAUGUACAUUUCUCCUCAGACUGCAGUUCAACUCUGAAAAAUGAUUGUGGGCAAACAGUUAUCCAAGUAGCUCAGGGGUCAGAUCUAAAAUCUGAAAAUGAAAUUCCAGUUGCAAGGUACAUUUCUGAAUUUGAGAAUCUGAGUUCAGAUGUAUACAAAUGUGGCACCUUAUUCAACAAAGCUUUUCUUUCUGUGUAUUCAUAGUCAUAUAUACUCAUUCUUGUAGCCAAAAUAAUUUUUUUUACUGCUUUUUCUUCCUGUUAGUCCCAGCCAACAUAGCUGAGAGAGAAUGCUAAAUCUAUUUGAUGUAUUUGCAGGGUUGGCAGCUAGAAAAAACCUCUUCACCUAUGCACUGAGAACCUCUGAUAUGGAAAUAAAGAGGCAAAUAGAAUUCCAUGAUGCUACUUCAAGUCUUUUAGAUAAGAAUCCAACUUUAUAGUAAACCUUAGAUUUUAGGCAGUGUCCAGGUAUCUGGCCAUGUAUUUCAGGUCUCGUUAACUAAAACAACAACCUACUUCAACAUGGAAACAAAUUCAUGAAAUCCAGCCUAUCAUUGGGCAAAAGUCUUAUGAGUCUAGUGCCUAAAGGACAAAAUAAUGUCAGAUUUUUGCCUUAUAACCUUGGGGCUCAGUUUGUUUUCCAGUAAUAAGUGGUAGAAGUGUUGAAUCGCCUCAUACCAGAAUAUUAAAUACCCAUAUGAUUUUAGGUUAUAAAGGGGUAUUUGGAUGCCAUUAAAAGUAACUACUAGUUACCUGGUUAACAGGGAGCUAAAAAUGAGAGACACCAGUAACUGCAGUACUUCCUGCACAUGUAAAACUUUCAGGUAACUCGUAAGUCCCUAAGAGGUGUAUUAAGAUUGUGAACAAGUGUUCGAAUACUUCAUAGUACUACCCUUGGUACAUUGGGUAUGAGACCUUUUUCCCCCCCCCCCCCCCAGGUAACUAUUGUACUACUGUGAAAUACUGGCCAAUAUCACUAUUUUUAACCCAAAUGGCUAUGUGAAAAUAUGUUUAGAAUUACUUUAAGUUUACAAUAAUUUGAAGCAGAAAAUGGGGUGUGUUAUAUUCAGUGUGGAUUUAUAAAAAUUACAUUAUUAAUAAAAUAAGUGG